CCGGUGCCGGUGCUGACUCAGCCGGUCCCGCAGCAUCACGUGGAGCCGGGGCAGCCCCCUCGUCCCCCUCCCCGACCCCUCCUUCCCUCCAGCCCAUCCAAACCCGACGCUUGCCAAAAUUUUCCGGCUGCCUCCAAACUUCCUCAAUCCGGGAGCAUAAAAAGCGCAGCGGCCGCGGCUCCCGCAGGCCCCGUCCCGGCGCUGCCACCGACGGCUCCGUGCUCGUCCCCAGGCUGUCCCCAGGAUGUGGUGGCCCGUGCUGCUGGCCCUGCUGGUCCCUGCAGCUCCGGCCCAGCUGCACCCAGAGCAGGAACUGGACGCGCAGUGGGAGCUGUGGAAAAAAAAACACCACAAGCAAUACAAUGGCCAGGCGGACGAGGUGACGCGGAGGCUGAUUUGGGAGAAGAACCUCAAGUACAUCAACACCCACAACCUGGAGCACUCCCUGGGCGUCCACACCUUCGAGCUGGCCAUGAACCACCUGGGUGACAUGACCAGCGAGGAGGUGGUGAGGACAAUGACAGGGCUGAAGGUGCCCCGAGGUCACCAACGCCACAACGAGACCCUCUUUGUCCCUGACUGGAGUGAGAGAGCCCCAGCUGCCAUGGACUGGCGCAAGAAAGGCUACGUGACCCCUGUGAAGAACCAGGGUCAGUGCGGCUCGUGCUGGGCUUUCAGCUCGGUGGGUGCCCUGGAGGGGCAGCUGAAGAGGAAAACAGGCAAGCUGCUGCCCCUCAGCCCCCAGAACCUGGUGGACUGCGUGGCCAACAACAACGGCUGCGGCGGCGGCUACAUGACCAACGCCUUCGAGUACGUCCACCAGAACCGCGGCAUCGACUCCGAGGACUCCUACCCCUACAUCGGCCAGGACGAGAGCUGCAUGUACAGCCCCACCGGGAAGGCGGCCAAGUGCCGCGGCUACCGCGAGAUCCCCGAGGGCAACGAGAAGGCUUUGAAGAGAGCGGUGGCCAGGAUUGGGCCCAUCUCCGUGGGCAUCGAUGCCAGCCUGCCCUCCUUCCAGUUCUACAGCCGAGGCGUGUACUACGACGAGAGCUGCAACGCGGAGAACAUCAACCACGCCGUGCUGGCCGUGGGCUACGGGGCACAGAAAGGCACCAAGCACUGGAUCAUCAAGAACAGCUGGGGCGAGGAAUGGGGCAACAAGGGCUACGUCCUCCUGGCCCGCAACAUGAACAAUGCCUGCGGUGUGGCCAACCUGGCCAGCUUCCCCAAGAUGUGACAACCCCACCCAGCCCUUCCCUAGCCACUGCCCUGCCUCCAGCUUGGCCCCUUCCCUCCCAGCCCCAAAGGUGACGGUGCUCCCGGGGGGAAUUCUUUGUUUGUCUCUGUGUGAGAAAUUUCCCC